AUGGCAGCAGGAACCUUUGGAACAUUCCUCAUUAUCGGGCCGGUGUGUUUCUUCCUCGGCAUCCUCUUCUCCUCGUUCCCCUACGACUAUAAUGUCAUCUGGACGACUCCGGAAGGCCCGCGCGAUGUCUACUUCAACAUCCUUGAGGACCACCUCAAGUUUCUGCACGCGUCGCCGCCCAUCAUAAGUCGCAUCCUGCAUAUCGUCAUUGGAACGGGCCUCCUUGGCUUCUUGACCAAGCUCUACAAAGCGUCGCAGGCCAAUAUGCUGUUCGAUGGAGCGUCCCUGGUGCUUUACAUGGCUGGCAUCACGGUAUAUAUUACCAACAUCGUCAAGGGUCUGCGUGUGGUCACUGCAGGCAUCUACGGCAAUGUUGAUCCCAGCGAGGAUGAGAACGCGGAGGACUACAUCAGCAGGGAGGACACGCUUAGGGUGUUUGCAGCGAGUAACACCAUCUUGGCGUUGGUGCUCGUGGGGGUUUUGGUGCUACAAGCCGGCCAAUGGUACGCGCUGAGGAAGGAGGAGGCUGAGAUCAAGGAGAUUGAAGAGAAGGAGCAGGAAAGGAAGACUGCAGGCAAGAAGAAGCAGUAG